CAGACUAUUUUCUACACAUUUUGUUUGAGGCUAGCAGUCCGCUCGCGCAUGCAUGGCACUUGCUGCGCUCGUUAGACUAGCUCUAUGGUUUUUCGGCUCGUUCCUGGAGCUCGCCAUCUUGGUGCUCUUCCGUGGUCUGGCCCUCCUCCUCGUCGCCUCCGUAGACCUGGUCAGGCUGCCGGGGCAGGCGGCCGACGCGGCGCUCGAGGCCACCAAGGGCGCCAUCGAAGCGGCGGCCGAGUUCGCCUUCGGCCUAGUCUGGGAGGUGGCGGUGGCCGUCGUGUCGGCGUUUCUUGAGUCCCUAUGGAGCGUCGUGGCCGGCGCAGCGGAGCUCGCGUCGUCAGCAGUCGGGGAGCUCAUGGAAGCAGCGCGGGACGGCAGCGAGGAGGCGGCGAAGGCUCUGGCGGAGGCGCUUGAGGGCGCGGCGGAUGCAGUGGCCGGCACGCUGGUGAAGCUAGGGGAAAACUACAUGGAUUCUCUCGUGCACGUCUUGCAAAAUCUCAUCUGAUGCAACAUGAUGCAUCAUAUGUAUAUGCAAUUAAUCAUGUUCUUUUUAUUUGUUUUAAGGUAAAGACGGUUGUAUAUAUCCGCCAUCGGAUUAGAUAGAAGAGAGUGAUCCAGGUUAUAAGGAAAACCGGGUCCAAAAACCAAACUAACAUUGCCCGAUUUAUGAGAAAAAAGGCAUAUGCAAGAAGACUCAUCGUCCAUACUACCUAACGC